AUGGCUGAUCGCGCGCAAGUUUCGUUUCCCAACCCUCCAGUGACCGGCAUUUCUGCCAAUGCGCAAAAUGCUCCUGGAGACUCCAAUGCGAUCAUAGGAAAAGAAAUCUGCGCGUCCGACUGCGAUGUGCAGGGACAUGCUUCGCGCAGAAAGACACCCUCCCUCAUAUCGGACGAUGGCUCAUUCGCCGAAAGCGACACCGAGAGCAUUGCGGCACGAUCCGACGUUGGCGAAGAACUCGAUCGUGCGGAACCACAACACCAUGUCUCGGAUACACUAUACCUGAAUAGCGAAGUGCUAGCCAUGCAGACGGAUGCUCAUGGUGCUCAUGACGAAUUGCCAACGGCUGCUGAGCACGAUGCGCACACCGAUGCCGAGGACAAGGACUCCCAUCAACGUGGUUGUCUCUAUGGCACUGUGCCUCGUGAGGAUGACUUUGACUUUGCAGCUGGCACAGAUAUCUUGGCCGACAUGAAUAUCCAAACUGAGUACGCAAGUGACGGCCUUAACCCGUACGACUUGUCACCCUUCAGGCUUCUGGCCAUUGCUGUUGGAGGACAGCGGCCAAGUCGCAUCUCUACGAUUGAGAACUGGUUGUACAAUCAAAGUUGA